AUGCUUCUGAAAAUCGCUGUCCUACUGUGCGUCCUCGGCUUUCUCGCAACGCCCAGCAUAGCAAAAGAACCUGAAUGCACGGCCGUUGAUAUGUGCGGAAUUGCUGGAUGCCCUGAAGGAAAAGAGUGCGUAUGCCACGGAAAACAUUCGAUUUGCAUGCGCACGAAGCCGCGCGGACGGCGCCAGGCACUCGGAUGGGUCCCGCAAGUG